ACAAUAUAUGGACCAUCCACGACCAGGACCCGGAGGCGCUUUGCCUAAGAAGGGUAAUUGGCGUGGGCGAGGCAGCAGGGCGGCUUCUUCUUUUGCUGAUGGGCCUCAGGUGCACACUUCAAAUGUUCGACGUCCAGUUCAGCAAACCCGAUCAGGCGGUGGUAAACCAAUCGGCAACCUGAACACGGUUCAAGCUUCUUUCUCAGGAGGAAAGAGGGAAUAUCAAAAACGCUCGUACAAUCUUUCGUACACAAGACUCUUAGGUCUAGCCAAUGAGACAAACAACAACAAUGUUGUCUUGAUGCUAUCCAACAGCGACUACAACUUUGAUACUCUGGUGCAAGAAAGCGUGCGUCCAGACAUGUUCUUUCUCCUCAUUAAAGUGCUGGCUAGAGUUUGCUUGUCUGACUUUACAGACAAUCAAACAAAGGUGUUGAUUGCAGCCUGCAAGAGUUCUAAGUUCAUCAACCAAUUGGCUGUUCAGCUCAUGAGUUUGGAUGACCGUUCAAAUGAUGAGUUUAAAGAUUUGGCGCACAAUUUGAUCUUGUUUUUUGAAACGGUAUCCCAAAAACUGGCUUACGCGCUGGCAGACGCUGUCCCUGCCAUGAAGAGUGCUUACGCCACCAUUUUAAUGCAAAACCAGACAAAGAGUUUGGACCUGGACAAAGAUGGAUCGCUGGCCAGGUUGGAAGAAGUCAUCAAUGAAGUUAAAAUGAAAACUGAAGAAGAGGCGUUGCCAAAAAAGUCGCGCUCAGAGAUGUGGAAGGAGCGGAAAAUCAAAGAGCACGAGUUUGCUGCUCCAGAUAAUUUCAGAGAAAUCCAGAUCUAUCCCAAGCCAGAUGAAAUCCUGACUGAGGAGAAGCCCUUUCUCAGAGUGAACCUUAUUGACAGAGCUUACACUGACGUGGAACAUUAUUUGGACACUCAGUUCAGACUGACCAGAGAGGAUUUUGUCAGACCUCUGAGAGAAGGAAUCGCUGCUAUCAAUAGCCAUGACACGAAAAAAAUAAAGGAGGCCAACGUGCGCAUAUGUAACCAUAUCCAGUUUGUGCGAGACAGCAGCCAGCUCAUUCCCAAAGAGCUCAACGCUAAAAGAAAGAAUGAUCGAGACGAGGAAGGCGUCUUGGUUUACCUCAACCUUGAAAAGAACAAAGGUUUCAAGAAGAUGGAUUGGCAGCAUUGUCGUCGUUUCAUGUAUGGCUCUCUUCUGUGCUUCACCAAGGACAACUACAAGACCAUCAUGUUGUCCACUGUAUCAAACAGAGGUCUUGACUACCUGAAUGCAGGAUUUCUUAGGGUCAAGUUUUGCGAGCCGCCAGAAGGAAAUAUCUACAUAGGCAGCUUUACCAUGAUAGAGAGCGAGGUCUUCUUUGACCCCUACUAUCAUGUGCUCAAAACCCUGCAAUCAAUCAACAGCAACAGCUUCCCACUUGAAAGUUACAUUGUUAAAUUUCAAAAGGAAGUGUACAACCCUCGGUACCUGGAAGUGGAGCCGCCUGUCCAGUACAACCUCCUAGGCUACAGAUAUCCUGUCACAGUUUUGGACAUAAAAACCUGGCCGGAUUACAAAGACCUUGAACUUGAUCCUACUCAGUAUAGAGCCCUUUGCAUGGCCCUGACUCAGGAGCUGGCUGUAAUCCAGGGACCACCAGGCACUGGCAAGACCUUCAUUGGCCUCAAGAUCGCUGAAACGCUUGUCACAAAUCGAAAAGCAACAAACAGAACCACUCCCAUUCUUGUCGUCUGUCUCACUAACCACGCGCUGGACCAGUUUCUGGUUGGUAUCAGUAAAUUCACUAGCAAAGUUGUGCGGAUUGGAGGUCAGUCCAAAAAUGAGGAUGUGGCGAACUUCAACCUGAAGCUGCUGCGGAGGCAUUCAAAGCUGCAUUCCCAGAGGUAUGCAAACUCCAAGCAAGAAAUUGCUGCCAACAAGAAGCAGAUGAAUGAUAUUGACACCAGUUUGAAGGAGUUGAGAAAAGGAAUCAUCUCCUAUGAGUAUUUGCGUGAUGUUGGAAUUGCUCCUGAACAUAUGUUCCCCAAUGACAGCCAGUUUUUGAUGUGGCUUGUGCCACAAAACUGGUCAUCAACCUUGUGCAGAGUGGGCACUGUCAACUUUGCUGCCACCCUAAGCGAACUUGAGUUUGAGUUUGCCAGCCUAAAUGAAUUGAAGAUCAAAGAGAAGGAUGGAAGAGAGCUGAACAAAUUGAGCUCCAAGACACGCGAGAUUGACAGGAUUUUGACUCAAGUUCGUCAAAAACUGGAGCUAGGGAACUGCAUUGCCUUCAACAAGAAGCAAGUCUCCGAUAUCCUGAAAUCUAGUCAAAACGUUCUAGGCAUUGGAAUUCAUCAGCGCUGGCAGCUGUACAUGUACUGGCUUGAAACACUUACGGAUGUUCUCCUUCAAAACGUAGCACAGUUUGAAAAUGACCUAAUCAUUCUGGAGAAGCAGCAAGAGGAACUGCAGGAAGUGGAAGAUUUAGAAAUCCUUAGAGAGAAUGAAGUUGUUGGUAUGACAACUUCCGGAGCAGCUCGGCUUCAAGGACUCCUGAGAAAGUUGGGAACAGAAAUUGUUAUUGUAGAGGAAGCUGCUGAGGUGAUGGAACCUCAUGUCAUUGCCUGCCUGACAGAGCGGUGCCAGCACCUAAUUCUCAUUGGGGACCACAAACAACUGCGGCCGAACAUUGCAGUGUACCAAUUGGCUAAGGAUUACAAUUUUGACAUUUCCCUCUUUGAGCGCAUGGUUAAACGCGACCCUGAUUCUUGCGUCACUCUGGAGGUGCAGCACAGAAUGGCACCAGAAAUCGCAGCCCUCAUCGUUCCAGCUGUUUACGAAAAAUUGCUAAAUGCAUACAACGUCAAGCAGUAUGCCAGAGUCAAAGGCAUUUGCAAAAGACUCUACUUCAUUGACCAUCAAAACUUUGAAGAAAGAACUGACAUUGAUUCGCAUAGCAAAAUCAACAAAUUUGAGGCUGAAUACGCAAUGGCCCUUGCCAAACAUCUCCUGAUGCAGGGUUAUUCGUCAUCGGAGAUCACUAUCCUUGCAACUUACAGGGGACAGAUGUUCCACAUCCGGAAGGAGAAGAAGAAGUACCCAACUCUGGACAAUGUGUUGGUAACAGUUGUGGAUAAUUACCAGGGUGAAGAGAACAAAAUCAUAAUCCUCUCCUUGGUGAGAAGCAACGCAGAGAGUUCGAUCGGCUUCUUGAAAAUGGUUAACCGUGUGAACGUUGCCCUUUCAAGAGCUAUGUAUGGUCUCUAUAUCAUUGGCAACAUGGACUGUCUUACUGGCCCCAACAAUGGUGACCUCUGGAAAUCAAUCAACAAGACUUUGGCUUCUCAGAAUGCUAUUGGCCACUCGCUGCCUCUAAUAUGUGAAAAACACCCUGAAAUGAAGUGCAGGGUAAGCAGCGCGCAAGACUUUGCGAUGAGCUCUCCUCAAGGUGGGUGCACCCUGAACUGUCAGGUGCCUUUAAUAGGGUGCGGCCACCGGUGCCAGUCAGUGUGCCACACACAGCAUCAGGACCACAAGGAUAUGAAGUGCACCUCACCAUGCGAACAGAUGUGUGACAGUCUGCGGCACAGAUGCAAGAAGAAAUGCUACGAAUUUUGUGGCGAGUGCAACGAGUUAGUGACAGAAAGGCUGCCUUGUAAACAUGAAGCAACCUACCCCUGUCAUAUUGGCCUUGGAGGAUACAAGUGCAUGGUCAAGGUUGAAAAGCUCUUCCCCCUAUGUAAACACAAGGUUGUGGUCAGCUGCUACUUGAACCCAGCAAGCAGUCCAUGUCCUGCAAAGUGUGACCAAAGGCUGGACUGCGGACACAAAUGUGAAUAUUCCUGUCACAUUAGAGUUGACCCUGAUCACCUCAAGUACUCUUGCUCAAAAACUUGCAACAAGGUAAACAUUGGCUGCAGUACUGGUGACCACAGGUGUGGGAAACUGUGCUAUGAAGAGUGUCAACCCUGCAAUGUGGUUGUGAUUAAGAAAAGAAAAUGCGGCCACGAUGUGAAGGUGGCAUGCCUGGCUGACCCUGAUUUGGAGGGAGUUUGCAACAUGCAGAAAUGUACAAGGCUUCUAAAUUGCAGUCACACCUGCAACAAACCUUGCAUGGAAGAAUGCUAUCCUUGCGAGCAGGAGGUCCACACCUUGCAUCCCAAGUGCGGCCACCCAAUUGUCAAAAAGUGUGGUGUUCCCUUUUCUGAAGUUAUUUGCAAGGAAAAGUGCAGCAAAAGAAUGUCUUGCGGUCAUCUUUGCCAAGAUGUGUGUGGCCGCAAGUGUGAUGAAGCAAAUUGCGCUUACCCUGUUGUCAAAGUGCAAGCCGAGUGCGGCCACAAUGUUGACCUCUUCUGCUGGGAGUACAAAGCUGGAUUGCGCCAGCCGAGUGAUUUGCUAAGAUGCAAGAGUCCGUGCUUAGCAACUCUAGAAUGUGAACAUCCCUGUACUGGCUCAUGCGGAACUUGCUACAGAGGUAGAUUCCACACUCUCUGCGAUCAACCAUGUGGCAGAAAUUUGAUCUGCAACCAUUUGUGCAAAGAGAUGUGCGCUAAUGCUUGUCCACCUUGCCUUGAGCAAUGCAGUUUUAGCUGCGAGCACUCCAAGUGCCCCAAGAAAUGUGGGGAACCUUGCGUGCCAUGCAAGGAGAGAUGUACCAUUGGUUGUGACCACAGACAAUGCAAGCGCAUGUGUGGUGAGAUUUGUGAUGUUGGCCCUUGCAACGAACCCUGCAAAAAGUUGCUCGACCAAUGUGAGCAUCCAUGUGUUGGUGUUUGCGGUGAGCCGUGCCCUCCUCUGUGUAGGAUUUGUGAUGAGGAAGAACUAACAGAUAUUUUGUUUGGAACAGAGGAUGAACCAGAUGCCAGAUUUGUCUACCUUCCUGAUUGCAAUCAUUGCAUUGAAGUAACUGCGAUGGACACGCACAUGGAAGGGAACACUGAGAACGGAACCAUUAAAGUCAACGUGUGUCCCAAGUGCAGAACUGGGGUCACUGCCAAGCGCUACAGUUCCAUUAUCAAGCGAAAUCUGCUGAUGGUCAACCAAGUGAAGAUUGAGUACUUUGGAAAGCCAAUGAAGAAUGAAGAGCAUCGUGAUAAACUUUUGGGACAAAUUAGCAAGCUGCUGAGAGACAAUGAAGACUUGAAUGAAACGUUUCCUGAGUUGUUCUUCUGCUUGAGUGAUCUUCUUGAUUCUAUUCAAAAAACGGUCAACCAACGCAAGAAUGUAAUGCACAUGUUCAGUCUACGCGCUAGAGAAAUUGAAUUUCAAAUCCUGUCUGAAAUUUGCAAAAUUUGGCGCAUGUGCCAGACCACAAGUGAGAGAAAUGGUGUGCAAGAACAAUCCAACUUCUUGCUGCAGGUGUUUGAGAGCAAAAAACGUCGAGUCAGCCAGCAGCAAAUUGAAGACUUCAAGCCUGAACUGAUGCGGUUGCAGUACAUAAGAAUUUUACUGUCUUUCAUGGAAAAGGGAAAAGCUUUCCCUCAGGUUGAAGUCAUCAUUAAAGAAGGUCUUGCUGUCGACCGAAGCAGAAAGUUCACUGAUAAUUCCGAGCGAAAUAUCAAAGAGCUUGUGGCUAAACUUAAGCAAAUUUGCAAGAAUGUGCCCGGUCUUGGAAUCACCGAGACCGAACGAGUUGAAAUUUUACAAGCCAUGACUGGUCAGCUGAAGCAUGGGAGCUGGUAUCAGUGCCCAAAGGGUCAUGUUUACGUGAUUGGAGAAUGUGGGGGAGCCAUGCAGACAUCUAAGUGUCCAGAAUGUGGAGCUACCAUUGGUGGUGGAAACCACAGGCUUACUGAGGGUAACCGCCACUUUUCAGGAAUGGAUAGGUCCGCUCAAGCAGCAUGGCCACCCCAUUGAUAUCUAUGUGAUAGUUUGUGCCAACUCUUCUGUAUUACUGUAUUUUCAAAAAUUAUACAAACUGCACAUGCCUUACUAGCUAUUAUAUGUGGGUGUAUUAUCACAUUGUUUGAGGAUAUCAAUAAAUUACCCUGUGAGGUUUCAAGUGCCUAA